AUGGCGCCCACAUGCAACGUCAAGCAGAAGACAAUGACCAGGGCUCAAGUUGGCCAGGUCACUCGAUCUACGAUCUGCUCAUCCUCCCCAAGCAGUUCAUCUUCCUCGGGUAGCCCGUCCGCACCAGGUAGCCCAUCCUCCUCGGGCGACUCAGCCGCUUCAAUCGGCACUAAGAGAAGCCCAAUAACCACCAACAAUGAACGCCCCAAGAAGCGUUAUAAGCCUCAACCCGACAAAGACUCACAGAUAGUUAAAUCGUCCAACAACAACAAGAUGAAUAUCGAAGCGCCCGUCUUGAAGGAUUUCACCAAGGACUUUGGCAUCCCCACGAGUCAAUUUGUCUGGGGACCACGCCAGGCAAGUCCUGAAGAAGAAUCGUUUGACGAAAAUGAGACGGCACCCCCUCCCUCUAUCCCCAAUGCCUAUCAAAGGUAUCCAGGUUCGCGUCGAGGCAGGGCUCUCGUGCUGCUGGCGAAGAACGUCAAUUCUACUCCUGCCCGUCAUCACAACCGUACUCAACGAGGUCAUCGCCGUGUUAUCCGCAAUUCUCCGGUUCCAGAGCCUCGACCUAGACUCCCUAUCAGAAUCAAGGUCAAGCACCCCAGACGUCUCAGCUUCAUGGGCUUUCCUGCAGAGGUUCGUGAGCAAAUCUAUCGAGGCCUCCUUGUGUCGCACAAGCCUAUUCCUGUUUACGGCAGCUGGAGGCGUGUGUACCAGCGAGAGAAACCUGGCCUUGACAUCAACAUCCUCAUGGUGAGCAAGAAAGUCUUUGCUGAAGCGAGAGGCGUCAUGUACGGCGAAAACACCUUUCUCUACCGUCUUCGGGAUGCGCCUACUCGAUCUCACGAGAUGGCCAACAUCCAGGACCUAGCCAAUGCCGACAUCUAUGUCCCUGAGCCCGGCAUGAUAGACCAGGAAAGCAUUGCCAACAAAGACGCCAACCCCCUGGCACAGCCAAUUCACGAGCCUGGAACUAUCGACACUGUCAAAUACGCCCAGUACUUUCGCCUCAUUACGGUCGAGGCCGAUUCCAACCGCUCCACUCCGAGCACGAAGGAAUUCAUGGCCGACGCCAUUAAGAUGUUUGCCAAAGCCCCUUACAAUGCCAACAUCCACACGCUCAAGAUCAUCAUCAGCCCCAGUUUCGAACAUGGCAAGUUCACCUUUGUCGACUUUUUCGAGCCAGCCUCGGAGUUGAUGGUAGCAUUGAAGUCGCUACAUUGUGAGGUCAUACAUGUUCAUAUCUUGAACAAGCUUCUCAACAAUGGUGUCUGGCCCUCCUCAACUGAUCUCGUUCUUCGUACCCACCAGCUGCGAUUUCACAGACAACUCGCGUUGCAGGAGCUUGAGGACAAGAGAAAUGAUAAAAUCAAUGACAGAGACGGCAAGGGUCAGAGUAGGGACCUUUUCAAAACGGAUGCUAAGAUGAAGAACUUCCGCUUCAACAAACUUUGUUGGAUCCACCACAAAAUGGCUAAACUCAACAAAUUCAUUCUCCAGGCUUGCGAGAAGCACGUCCAGGACGACGAUGACAAGCGGAGCAACACACGUGCUCCACCUGGAGCGAUUGACGAUGAUGAAGACGAUUGGAACAUCUACGAACACGAUGAGUCGGAUGAGAGCGAGGAAGAAGAGGAAGAAGACCAGGAUUUUGUGCAGCCGAGUGACCAUGAUUCGGACUAUGAGGCUUAA